CAAUAAACUUCAUCUUGCUCUUUGUGUUCUAUUUAAAAAAAAAUAUUAACCUCAAAACGAAUUAGAAUUUUUUUGUUUAUAUUUGAAAGUUUUAAAAAUAUAAUAUUAAUACAUUGGUUUAUAAGAAGUGUAAGAACAUUUGUCAUAUAAAUUGCAUCAACUACUGAAUGUUAUGUAUAUUUAGUCGAUUUUUUGGUGUUAUUAUUAAGUAUACACUUAAGUCAAUCAUUGUGUUUUAUGUUAUUUCAUAGUCAAAACUUAUUAAUUAGGAAACAGCAUCAUGUUCAAUCAAUUGGGAAGUGGAAGCAGCAACCCUAACCCUAACAAUGAUCUAGAAGUGACCUCUCCACCAGAAGAUACAGUUUCGGCGCUGGAGUUCUCACCGGCGUCUGUGCCGCAAACUUUCCUCAUUGCUGGCAGUUGGGAUUGUCGGGCAAGAUGCUGGGAGGUAGAGGCUUCUGGAAAAACAAUACCCAAAGCAGCACAGAGCAUGGAUGGGCCUAUACUUGAUGUGGCAUGGCAUGAUGAUGGUACCAAAGUGUUCAUGGCAUCUACAGACAAAAGUGUGAAAUGUUGGGACCUGGCUGCAAAUCAAACUAUGCAAGUGGCAGCACAUGAUGCACCUGUGAAGACGUGCCAUUGGAUCAAGGCACCAAACUAUACCUGCUUAAUGACCGCCUCUUGGGACAAAACACUAAAGUUCUGGGACACGCGAAGCAGCGCGCCCAUAAUGGCGAUGAACCUGCCAGAGAGGUGUUACUGCGCUGAUGUUGACUACCCAAUGGCAGCAGUGGGCACAGCGGACCGCGGCAUCUGCCUGUAUACAUUGGAGGGCAAGCCGGCCGAGUUCAAGCGCGCGGAAGCCCCGCUCAAGCACCAGCACCGCUGCAUCGCGAUAUUUCGUGACAAGAAGACCAAGCAGCCCACCGGCUUUGCGCUUGGCAGCGUCGAGGGCCGUGUCGCCAUACAAUACGUCAACCCCACCAACCCUAAGGACAACUUCACAUUUAAGUGCCACCGCUCGUCGCAGGGCACCACUGGUGGAUACCAGGACAUAUAUGCGGUGAACGACAUAGCGUUCCACCCGGUGCAUGGCACGCUGGCGACGGUGGGCUCGGACGGCUCGUUCUCGUUCUGGGACAAGGACGCGCGCACCAAGCUUAAGUCCUCCGAGACCAUCGACCAGCCGCUCACCAAGUGCGCCUUCAACCACAGCGGACAGAUCUUCGCCUACUCCGUCGGCUAUGACUGGUCCAAGGGUCACGAGCACUUCAACCCCGCCAAGAAGAACUUCAUAUUCAUGCGAGCGUGCUACGACGACCUCAAGCCGCGCUCCACAUGAACAUAGCCCUAGUGUAGUUCGUAAGGCGUUGUGAUGUUAGCUAGCGUAAAGACUCCUGCACACCAUGCCGCCGGCACUCGAGCCGGGCCGUUACAAUUAUCGUAUAUAUCGCAAGUAGAUGCUUCGCUUAAUGUCACUAACAUGUAACUGUGUUUUUGUGAGUUUUAUGGUGCUCCACACUGCAAUGUUUUUUUUAUACAACUUAGAAUGGCAAACAAGCUGACGGCCCACCUAAUGGAAAGUGGUAACCGUCGCCUAUAGACAUGAACAUAACAGAACCAUGGAGAUAACAGAGUAUACUGUUACGCCCAUGAUACCCCCCAUGUGUUGCCAUUCCUGAGGACUCAGGUGUUAUUCCUCUGUACCCUGUAAAUUCACGCCAUAUCCCUCCCUUCAAACCGAAACACAGCCAUGCAAAUACAACUGCUUUACGGUUGAAACACGAAUGGGACAGAGGUACCCAAGCAAACGACUAUUAUACAAAGUCUCCCUCACAAUGCCAGUGAACGUGUAUAGCAAGUGCCACUAUAAAGGUUGCAUCCGCAAAGUCGUCACGGAAACCAGGUGACACACAAUGAAACCAGGAUUGGUCUGAUUUAUUUGAUAAAAGUGUCGAGACUCGAGUUUUCAGAACAGACAUUUAUGCAUAAAAUAGCUAAAGCAAGAGAUACUUUAAUAUAUAAAAAUCCAGUGUCACGUUCGUUCGUUCACGCUAAUCUCCAAAACCACUAAACCGAUUUUAAUGAAAUUUUAUAAAUGUAGUUGUUUCCUCCAACUUGAGAGAUAGGAUAAACUAUCCUAUCUAAUAAGAAUAUAAUGAUCUGGUAGAGAACAAAACAUCGUUUGCCGGGUCGGCUAGUUGUGUAAUUAGCAGCCGCCGGCUGGUGUAGUCGUCUGCUCGUGCUCGUGCCGCCGACAUUGUGUGCGGAAGCCUUAAGGUGGAAACGAUGCGAUACACUGAGUGAAAGACUUUAGAUAUUCACAUACAUUUCAUAUGGUAUGUUUUUAUUUCUUUAUUUUUAUAUUACUUUACAUUGAAAUUCUGUUGUCAAUUGUUGUGUGACUGUGAAUCGUGUGCUCUGUAAAUACCGCCGUUGGCUUGUAUGUUAAGCAAACAUGGAUUUUGUAUAUUGUAUGAGUACAUUAAAGUUACAAAGUAUCCCAGUUGA